AUGAGAAUGGACGUGGCUCCGACUGGAUUCCGAAGAGAGAGCAUCAUCAGCUUCGGGCCUGGUCCGGAACCAGAGGCCCCCGGAUAUCCCAGCAGCGUAGCUACUCUCACCGACGACCCUCGACACUAUCUCGAAAAACAUGAGUUCUCUGAUCAGACAUUUAAUUCAAGCACCAAUCCGUACGGGCCGUCCAAGCAACCAACCCAACCAACUGAAUACAAUGCAGCCGACGAGAUCUCGCACAUCCCGAUAAGCUACGAAGCCAAGCCGCCGAAAGCGCGCCCUGCGGCACCGCGAGACGAGCCCCCGUCGGAGCAGGAGCCAAUCGGGCGUCCUACAGACCCUGCCCAUCUGGUGCACAAGAAGGCAAGCACGAAGCGUUACAACCGGAUCUCGAAGGCCGCCCGUAAACUCGUCCCCGCCCGGCUCAUCACCGGCGUCGGCAUCGGCAAAUCUCCCCCGCCGAUGCCCGUCCAUGGCCAUCCUCCCAAGAGCCAGCAUCAUCAGCCUUCCCCUCCUUCUAAACCUCUCCCAAAUAACAAAGCCUCCGUUUAUCCUGAUGAUAACUAUCCUACAAAUUACAGCUACUAUCAGACAUAA